AUGCUUUUUGUAGUUUUCUUUAUAUUAUUCUUCAUUGGAACAAUAGCAAAUGAAAGUGAUUAUCAAAUAAAUGAUGAAUUAGAUGAUUUUGAGGAUAUUGAAUUUGAAUUAAUGGACGUGUCAGAUGACAUUGAAGAUGAUAACGAAUAUGAAGAAGAAGAGGAGUUUGAUUUAGGAAAUGAUGCAAAGUCAGCUGAAGCACUUGUUGUAGAUGUAGAAAGAACACUUGCAAAAAUGUCUUCAUUCCCAUAUUCAGAUGAAUUUAUGUAA